GUAGUCGAGCUCAAACUGUUCGCUUUUAAAUCGAUGAUCCAAACGUGCGCUGCGGUGUUAACGCUCGACCUUCUUCGCGUCCGUAUAUGUUAGAUGCCGUUAUCACAGGCUGCUUUCAUUUCAGCAUGAAUACGUAUUGCUUUCGUUGUGGAAUAAUGGAAAUAAUGUCUGGGCGAUAGAUUGAAAAUCGAUUGCAACCCAUGAGAUAUUCGGACAUUAUUCGUGUGUUUGGAAACGAAAGGAUGCAUUAUGAUUCAUGGUCAUCAAAUACUAACUGGAACAGGACUGCGCAGUGGACGAACAUGAAGAGAUCAGACGGUGUGGAUUAGAUCAUUGGGAAUAUAGCGCUUUGAUUUCUCUCGUCUCGUCUAAAUGUUGGCCUCCAGAGGACCUCUGCCUUUGUGCCCUGAAAUGAAAUAAUGGCGACACCUUUGGCUGCAUCAGCACACCACGAUGAGAAGAAAAAUCCAGCUGUGUCGCCAGUUUGCGAGGCCAAGAAGGAUGGUUGUGAGCGCAGUGAGGCAUCAGCUCUGUCUCCGGCUGCUGAAGAGGAGCCCUUCUCAUGGCCAGGGCCUAAAACACUGCAUUUGCGGCGCACCUCGCACGGCUUCGGCUUCACACUGAGGCACUUUAUCGUUUACCCUCCGGAGUCUGCCGUACAGUCCUCCUUUAAGGAUGAAGACAAUAGCAGCAGAGGGAGACAGCGGAACAGACUGGAGCCGAUGGACACCAUCUUUGUCAAGCAGGUGAAGGAGGGAGGCCCCGCCCAUGGAGCUGGACUCUGCACAGGGGAUCGCAUCGUAAAAGUCAAUGGAGAAAGCAUCAUCGGAAAGACAUAUUCCCAAGUUAUCGCCCUUAUACAGAACAGUGACACAUCUCUGGAGCUCUGCGUGAUGCCAAAAGAUGAAGACAUUUUACAGCUGUUUUCCAGGGAUAUCACAGCACUGGCCUAUUCUCAAGAUGCAUACCUCAAAGCAAAUGAGGCAUAUAGUGGAAAUGCCCAGAAUAUCCCUGAGCCGCCCUCAAUAUGUUACCCACGGAUAGAGCCCAAUGCCAUGGUGAAGGUGCUGGAGCCUUCGCACUCUGCCGAGGUGUCAUGCAGAACCGGACAAGGGGAAAACCAAUGCUCCAAGCCUGACAAAGUCAUGGAUAUCCCUAUAUCCGCCCCUACCCCACCCCAAACCUCUCAAGUCCCCAAGACCCAAACUGUUGUGUGUGUAUUUAACGAGAGUGUGAGGACAAUGGUAGCAUCAACCGAAUCUACAGAUCGAACUUCACACAUGGCCAGGGCUGGUCCCAGCCACAGGAUGGAAGAGAACAGGUAUGCAGUUUCCACAGAACCAGGCUUUAACAGGUUCAGAACCCAUGCCACUUCAUCUCCAACUGGGGCAGCACAAUUACACAUACCCAACAUCACUGCAGAGUCUACUGGGUUCUCCAGCAGUACCCCUAGAACUACAGAGACUUGUGUGGACACCACCCCUACAGCUUCCCAAAGACAUACCCUGACCACAACAGCAGAAACGUUCCCAUCAGCCACCUCUCCCACCCCUUACACACCCUCUCCUCCACCAGCCACACCUUCCCCCUGCUCCCCCCACCAAAACAUAGACUGGAGAAACUACACCACCUACAAAGAGUACAUAGACAACAAACGGCUUUACAUGUAUGGCUGUCGGACCAUUCAAGAACGUCUGGACAGUCUGCGAGCCACAACCCCAUCCAGUACAGGAGAAUACAGCAAGCUGAAAAGCACUUCUACAACCGCUACACCCUCGCGGGGCUUUUCUGGAUCACAGUUGAGACAGAGGAGUGCCUCACAUGAUCGGAGUUAUCUUGGAUCUAGCGUGCUUCCACUGCGUAGUGCCUCACAGGAGAGACUUGGUGGUGCAGAACGAACUGCUCUAGCACGGAAUUGGCCUCGCAGUGCUUCCCAGGAUGCCCUCCCGUUGGCACCCACAGGUAUCCCAAAACCCAGAGCGUGUUCUUGUGACUACCUGGGCAGACAGAAUGAUGGUGCAGGGUCCAUAUUGGACAGGCAGGGAUGCUGCAGAACUGAGACAGAAGAGAGGAUACUUAUACAUAGAGGGGACGAGGCAAGAGCAAGUAGGCAGUCUUCUUUACGCAUGGUGCCCCAGCCUCACAGAACACAGGAGGUAUUCAGCCCUGACAUGCGUGGGGGCAGCUACCCAGGGUUGCCCUUAACACCUCUCUUCUGUAGAGGCACUGGUUCUUUACUCACCUCCAGAGCUGAAAGCCUGGGUAACACCGCUGCUCCUUCUUUAAAUAGGCCUUCACUGCUACCUGCUAAGAAUUAUGUCUCAGACUCUUACACUGUUGCUGGUUCUUAUGUAGCCUCUGCCCUGGCCUCAAUACAAGGCCACAUUAGUGGUAGCUCCAACACAGGCUCCAUCAAAGACCAAAGAACACCUCUCAUUGCCAACCACCUGCCCCACAAUGCAGAGCAGCCCAGGGGGCGGGCUGACAGCCUUCAAGAACCAGUCAGAGAGGUAGCUCAUGGAUGUCGCUCUUCAUCUUGCUCCGCUGUCUCUAAACCACAUAGAACAAAGCAGGGUGGAACCAAGCCUAUAUUGACCAGUAACGGUACAGUUCCUAAGCAGCCCCAGUUAACAGAACCACAGCCCCAAGCCAUAGAGAAGGAAGUGGAGGGUAUUGAGGGUCCAGACGCUACUGUAGUUGUGGUUCGGAGGGAGAAGUCUGGAUCUCAACCCAUCCGACACCCCUCAUACAUUCUGGCAGUGAACGACACAGAGCCAAUUGCCAAUUCCAACAAAUGCUGGCUGCCCAAUGACGCCUGGCGUGAAAUGCACAAGAGGAAACUAGGAGACCAGUGCAAAACCUCCAUCUCCAGCAACCUUAAUGACUCAUUGGACUCCAUCCCCUUUAUUGACGAGCCGUCAAGUUCCAGUAAUGAACAUGACGCAACACACAUUCCUGCGUCUGCCGUGAUUUCCAGCAUGCCCGUCAUUACCACCAUCCCGCCUAGUCCCACAUCCCCAACUCCUGUAAUACGCCGGCAGCUGUCCCACGACCAGGAUUCCUUACGACUCACGGUUCUGGAGUCAGAUUCUGGUGCUAAAACGGAGCGAUCUAAAUCCUUCGAUGAGGGUUUGGAUAACUACAGAGAAGAGGGUAGAGGCAGGUCCAUUAAACACACCCAUGGAUUCAAGGGCCUUAGAAAGGCUGUAGAUAAGUCCUCUGAAGACUCAGGCUCUGGCUCUAGAAAAGACUCUACUUCAGAUGUGUUCACUGAUGCCACAAAGGAGGGUCCACUUCAUUUCAAACAGCUCAAUAUAGACAAGGGCAAGCGUGUUGGCAGUGGCAUGCGACCAUGGAAGCAGAUCUAUGCUGUGCUUCGUGGCCACUGCCUCUACCUGUAUAAAGACAAGAAGGACAACUCUCAAACCGAAGAUGAGCCUCUGCCCAUUAGCAUCAAAGCCUGUUUGAUUGACAUCUCCUACAGCGACACAAAGAGGAAGAACGUGCUGCGACUGACCACCUCAGACUGCGAGUACCUAUUCCAGGCAGAAGACCGUGAGGAAAUGCUGUCCUGGAUCAGAGUCAUUCAGGAGAACAGCAACUUAGACGAAGAGAAUGCGACUGUUACAAGCACAGACCUCAUCAAUCGGAAAAUAAAGGAGUACAACACUCUGAUGAGUCCGACUAGCAGUAAGACAGAACCAUCUCCAAAGGCCUCACGUCAGUCUCUGAGCAUCAGACAGACUUUGAUGGGCAGUAAAGGGGAGAAUAAAGCCUCAAGUCCCCACUCACUAAAUAAAGACCAUGACAGGAAAGCCAUACAUAAAGAUGAAACAAGUCCACCCAAGGAUAAGGGCACAUGGAGGAAGGGCAUCCCUGGACUGAUGAGAAAACCAUUUGAAAAGAAACCAUCUCAAGGAGUCACGUUUGGAGUAAAACUUGACGACUGUCCACCAGCUCAGACCAACAGAUUUGUUCCUCUGAUAGUGGAAGUGUGCUGUAACCUGGUGGAAGAACGAGGACUGGAAUACACAGGCAUUUACAGAGUGCCAGGAAAUAACUCUGCCAUCUCCAUCAUGCAGGAAGAGCUCAAUAACAAGGGCAUGGGCGACAUUGAUAUUCAGGAUGAUAAAUGGAAGGACUUAAAUGUGAUCAGCAGUUUACUCAAAUCCUUCUUCAGGAAACUUCCCGAACCUCUCUUCACUAAUGAGAGGUAUGGAGACUUUAUUGACGCCAACAGAAUAGAGGAUCCUGUGGAAAGACUCAAAGUGCUCAAGAGACUUCUUCACGAGUUGCCUGAUCAUCAUUACGAAACACUGAAGUUCCUCUCUGCACAUCUCAAAACUGUAGCUGAAAACUCGGAAAAGAACAAGAUGGAGCCACGGAAUCUGGCCAUUGUGUUUGGACCAACAUUGGUGAGGACAUCUGAAGACAACAUGACUCACAUGGUGACACACAUGCCGGAUCAGUACAAGAUUGUGGAAACUCUCAUUCAGCAUUAUGACUGGUUCUUCACUGAGGAGGGCAACAAUGAGCCUACGACUACGGUUCAGGAAGAAAGUGUUGUGGAGUCUCAACCUGUGCCAAACAUCGACCACCUGCUGACCAACAUUGGCCGGACAGGCACCUCUCCUGGGGAAGUGUCAGAUUCACCAACCAGUGACUCUGCCAAAUCUAAGCAGGGCUCCUGGGGUUCGGGGAAGGACCAGUGCAGCCGCGACUUCCUGCAGCCGCGAGUCUCCUCCAUCUUUGCUGCAGCCAACCGCAAACGAAAGAAGCACAAGGAGAAGCUGCAACCCAGCAGUUCUGAUGAUGACCUUGAUGCAGUCUUCACCAAGAAAGAAAACCCAACUCAAAAGCAGAACCACCAGAGCCAGGAGGAAGUGGCAGGCAGGUCCAGCCCAUGUGAAAUAUCACCUGCUGUACAGAAGAAGAAUAGCAUAGGUGCCGAGUCUACCCCAAAGAUCAAGGAGCACAGGAACUCUUUCUUCAUGAAGACCUCACCCAAGCUCUCAUGUUCACCUGUUCUCAAUCGCCCUCCCAAAUCGUCCCUCUCUGAUCCUUCAUCACAGUUAGAUGAGACCACCUCAGACUUGGGUACCAUGAGCUCUGGAGCCUCGGUACCCAGAACUAGGCCUCGGAAAUGGGGCACAGCUUCAUCACCUGCCCCUGAACUGUUACCACCUCCUGGAGGGGCUUCAGUGACUGCAGAAGUGAGCUCCAUUACCUCAGACUACUCAACCACUUCUUCCACCACCUUCCUGAUGGGUGUGGAGUCCAUCACGUUGAGCCCAGAGGUGCAAUCUGUGACAGCAAGCCGAGGAGGAGACGAAGCAGAUGACGAGCGCAGUGAGCUCAUCAGUGAGGGGCGGCCGAUGGAAACAGACAGUGAGAGUGAUUUCCCUAUGUUCAGCCCUGCCAACGUUUCCCGAGACAUCCCAACCACAACGUCAACCACAGCGGAUAACGGCAGCACCACACCAAAACUGGACAGCCAUCACUUGCUACCCUCACAUAAACUAAUGGACUGUGACACUCUAUCUAGCAGGCGGUCCCUACGACCAAAGACAGACAGUGAUUCAUCUGUGGAGGCAGGAGCAGGCGGUAUGAAUCAAGGGAUUAGCAAGAACAAAUCGAACCGACUGUCUCGAGUUCUGGAGGUGAUGAAAAGAGGCCGCUCCACCAGCAGUCUCAGUGCCUCAUUCCGCACUGAAUCGGACCGUGUUGAGCCAGCAUGGCAUCUUAAACUCACAGAGAGACUCAAGUUCCGUCUGCGCUCCUCUGCCGAUGACAUGCUUGGGGUUGGCACGCAGAAGUCCCGCUCUACGGAAACCUGUGGUAAGAAAAAGGGCAUCCGACGGCGGCAUACUAUGGGUGGCCAGCGGGACUUUGCUGAACUUGAUGUCAUUCAUGACUGGCGGGAACAGGGCGGGGUGGACCAAGGUGCUGAACUGCCUGCUGUGGAGUGCCUCAGACCCAAGUGCAACUCUCAGGACUUAUCUAUCCGGGAAUGGAUUGCUCGUGAACACCGUCAGGCUGGGGGUUCCCAGGCCAGUUUGGAGCCAGAAAGUCAGGUUGGUCCAGAGGCAGCAGAAACAGGAGAGACUCAAGAAGGGAAUGUGGAGUGGCUGACUUCUUCUGCGUCUUCAUGUACUCAGUCCAGCUCUGAGCAAGUAAAUGGUGGUGCUUCAAAGGACAAAUCCAGAAAUAGCCCAAAUCCAGGGGCUGAUGCUCAUCCUCAGAAACUUUCAGGAGCCCAAGUGGUGCGCUCUCGAUUCUACCAAUAUCUUUGAAAGAAAAGAAGAAUUUGCAUGUGUGUUAUUGUGUGUCAUAAUGUAUGUCUAAGCGAAUGAAUGUACUUAGAGCUAAAGUUAAUCCUCCUUUACUUUGCGACCCCCCCCCCUCCCUUUUUCACAAAGUAUUUAUAAAUAUGAAUAUAUAUUAUAAAUAUAAAUUGUAUAUAUCUAUAUGUAUAGGCUAAUACGAAAAGUAAAUGGAGUAAUUUUAACAAUUUGUGUUAUUCCUUGCUUUUGGAUAAAUACUGGAGCACUUCUUUUGAAAAGCUUGUAAUGUGCAUAUGUGCAUGACGGUGAAGUGGCCUGUUAUUUAAAGGCUGUAAAAAUUCACAUUUACGACUGCCUCCGCUGCUGCAACAGCACAAUUCUUGGACAGAAAUGCAUUUGUGAAACUGUUACUGAAGUAUACUAAUAUCAAAAGAAAAGGCAUCUCUUCCAAGGUUACGAAGGUCAAAAAAACUCUCGCUAAUGUUUCUCAUAUGAAGAAUGUAAUAUGCUUGCUGUUAUAUUGACUAACACAAUUGCUUGUUGCAGUUUUCAUUAGUGAAAGAAGUGUAAAUAAUUUCUGUACUUGAAGACUUCUUUUUUUAUUAUUCUGAAGGUGAGCCCUGAUAGGGGCUGUUUUCUGUGCUGUGUGCUGUGGAAAUCUCUUUUACAGUGCAUCUUGACAGCCAGAUAUAAACAUGGAAGUAAAAAGAAUAUAAAUCUUUUUAUAUUUCUACAGGAUUGUGAAAGUAAGUGUUAAACUGAAAGCACCAGAGCCUGAACAUCUGUAGUGGUACCAGGCUUAAUGUCAUGGUAAACCCUUUGAAUGCAAAAUAAAAACUAACAGCAAAUAAGUCGUCAAAUCACAAAGAAUUCUGUUUCCUCACAAUAAAGUGCCUCUCAUCUGGUUCUGGUAACAGGAAAGGUGCCAUUUUGUUGAUUUUGUUGUUUGUUAAUAUGGAAUAUAUCUUGUGAAUGACUGAAUUUUAUCAUAAAAGUAAAAAAAAAAAAAGAAAGAAAGAAAUACUUUUUUUUUAUAUAUAUAUACAAAAUGAUGCAAAAGCAGACCUAGAGCUUCCACUGCUUCAUACGUCUAGUCUUAAGUCAUCUCGUGCUCUGUCACUGGAUAUGUCUUUACCCUGGUCUUUUAUUGAGGAAGUAAUUUAAAUGUGUGUAUUUUUUGUAUGGUGCCUUUGUCAAAACCCUGAGCUGACCAGUGCAGUAGCCAGCAUGAACAGUACUUCGGUGGGAGAGUAUACAUGACAUCAUACUUCUAUGUGCAGAUUCCAUCUAACCUAUGUAUGCUCAAGUGUGACUCCCAACUGCAAAGAAGAAAAACACUGGAAAUAAAUUAUGUUUUUUGUCA